UCUGUGAUACAGAACGGAAAGUUUGAAAAAGAACUUGACUUUAGAAAGAGUGUAGAAGGGCAAGUACAGAAUGUUGCCCAGUAUCCACAGUGGAAUCUAUUCCAAAUGUACCUUUAAUUCAAAAGGACACUUUACUACAAACCUGGAGCUAGCAUUAGCGCGAAAUCAAGUUCAUGCAUCGCAGCAAACCAGACUCCCAACAUCUCAGAGGGAAUUCUGGACCAAGGAACCUCUUGACUUUAGCUAUAAACUAUAUAUCACUCCAGGCAUUGUCAGGAAGCCAGUAGGAAAAUCUAAAAAAGACCCGAAGAAGAGGGAGAAGACGACAACAAACACACUUUGUGAAGAUCUGCAAAGAAUAACAUCCAGGUGGAUUCUCCCAGUCAUAGAACAGCAGAAGCCGCCAAAGAUAAUCACCAAGUUUCCUCAUAUAGGCCCCUAUGAAGCACAGUUGAUGUUUGUGAAGAAGGGGAAGUUUAAGUCUGGCAAAUACCAAGAUCCCAAACCAUAUGAUUUUAGACAGUUUGAAACAAGUAUUCCAGAUUUUGUGACAAGCUAUGCCCGAGAUCCUUUGAAUCUAAAGUUCAAAACACAGCAUUUAAGCACAGUCUAUGGACUUCAACCUUUGAAAGAAGAAAAAAGAGGAUCCAAAGGAAGAUUCAUUACGCAUAAGCCUCGGGAACUCAAGUGGGAUUCCAAGUUAAUUCUACCAAAGGAACCUUGGCCUGCUAGACCUUGUUCCUUUACAAGGCACAAAGACCAACGACGUGCACACAGUGCCUUUAUAGAACGAGUGGAGGAAGUGUUAAGCAAACUGUGGCAGCAAAAGGCAAAGCAGAAGCAGAAGGAAAGCAGGAAGCUAGAGGCCAAUGCAGGCCAAAAGAGACCAAGUACAGUUGUUUCUAUCGAGGGGGACUCUGCAACGAAGCUGGAAGAGAAGAUACACAAAGAAAGCCUGCAAAACGAGAUACUUCCUAUGUUGCCAUCUACAGGAGCAUGCAGCUGGAUGAGGCCAGCACAGACUAGACUUGUAACACACAUAAAAUCACAGCCUCUGGGCUACUUAUUGCCAGCAGGGAUAGUUCAGAGUGUUGAAGAGCUGAGAUGCAAAUUAUAGAGCAACUGAGAGGUAUUAUAUGACUCCUGUUACUAGCCUUUAAUAUUCAUUUAAUGACAGCAGUGCUGUGGGUGCUGCAGGAGCAAAAAUCCUGGCAUUUAUUUCACUGGCUCAUUGAACAUAGCAAUUGUAAAAAAAACCCA